CACAAAGUUUAGGAAAUGAAAAAGCUCCAUGAAAAAAACACACCGCAAACAAUGGAAUGUUACGUUGUAGUGUAGAACGCAACUGGUGGAUGUUGUUCUGCAAAUGAAAGUCAGAUUGACACUGGUAUUUCUUGAUGACAGAGAUGGUGAUUUUGACUCAUAUUUUGGGCGGAAUAUUGAUUGGUGAAGUAAAAGGAAACAAGUGAGAAUGAGCUCGACGUGUCUUUCCGCAUUGCCUGGGGCUCGCUUUCAUAAUUACCAUGGACAAAAUAUUCGCCUUUUUGAAGACAAUUCAGUUGCAUUUCGGGAAAGCAGCUUUGCACAUGCAAUCAGUUUUAGUGAAAAACCUCUUCAACCAGGAGAAAUAUUUCUGGUUGAAAUAGAAAAAAAUGAGCGUGGGUGGAGUGGACAUAUGAGAAUAGGAUUAACACAACACGAUCCGAAUGACGGAUUUGAACUGCCACAAUAUGCCCUGCCAGACUUAUCCAAUUUAGGGAAAUCAUGGAUAUUUGCUAUCACUAAGUCCCACAACCGUGUAUACUCAGCUGUUGAACUGGAUGAUGAAACAAGUGACGAUCACAGACCCAAGUCAAUACUUGGUGAAGGGGACUAUGUUCAUACCAGUAAAGGCACCUUUAAAAACAGUUUACUUCGUCCCGUGCCCAGACAAGGGGUAUCGCUACAGGACACAGACGAGAGUUUUCUCCCCACUGACAUAGGUAGUCGUAUUGGUGUGGUGUAUGUAUUGACAGGGGAAAAUAAGGCAGAUAUGCACUUUAUAAUUAAUGGGGAAGACCAAGGUGCUUGUGCAAAGGACAUACCAUAUCAAGAUGGCCCUGUUCAUGCUGUGGUGGAUGUUUAUGGGACCACAAAACAAGUCAGGAUCAUCCAGUUAUAUUCAGUGUCUACUCUUCAAGAUGCGUGUCGUGAGGUCAUUCUGAGGAACACUCGCUCUGAUAACAUUACAAGGCUUCCUUUGCCCAAGAAAAUUAAAGAAUUCUUGAGAUUUGAAAUAUGAGCGUAGAGUCUUAUGUAUCAGUUAGUACCAGUGGUGUGUGAGUUCAGCAGUGCCUGGAGUGGUGCUAUAUUGCAGAAAAGAAAACUAAUGCCAUAAGCAUAUGUGUCAAUGUCACGAAUAUCAGGUUGAAUAGAAAGUAAAGAGUGUAAAAAGGUUGACCUCUCAUGAGAAAUCAUGUCUCAUAAAUUGUAAAAAAAAAAAAAAAAAAGCUGUGACCUGUUAUGUUCAGUACGUACAACCUCAAUUACAGCUGUUGUUAGAUAAAGCAGGUUCUAUUUUAACAGAACUCGUUUGAACAAUACAGAAAAAAGUUAUAUUUUAUCAGAACUUGUUAGAACAAUACAGAUCAACAGUUUGUACAUAUUGGAAAAUAACUUGAAGCCAUCGUUUAGUAUGCACUAUAAUACUAAACUUUCUUUCUCUGAUGAGUUAUUUCUAUGCCAUGUUCAUAUCUAUAUUUCAUUAGUAUCUGUGUAUUUUUAAUUCAGUUUGAAGCCUUAUGUUUGUCAUGUUGGUAUGUGAGCAUUAGAAGUGAUAUUAAGAUAUCACUAUGAUGAUGUAUAAUCCCCACCCCUCAUCAAGCCCCAGGAUAGCUUUUAUAAUUUUCAGUGUUACUAUGCAUAUCUGAAGUCCCAUAAGCAUCUUCAUUAUGAUGGAAAAUGUUCUCUUGUUCUAUAUUUUCUCUGAUAACAUGAGAUACAUAACAUUAUACCCAUUAGUGCUAAAUUUGCUAGAAUAUGCAGUCUUUUAUUGUGUUAAUUCUCUUCUAAUAAGCAAAUUACCUUUUCACAAAAUCCAUGAUAAAUUUACAGAAUAUUUAGAUUAAGUCGCAAGGAUGUUUUCUGCAUAUGGAAUUGGUUAUAGCACUUGGCUGAAAUUUUAUUUGCAUAAAACGCUUAGUUCAUGAGGUUUAUUAUUGUAGUUAUUGCAUUUUAUGCAGGCUUUUUAUCAUGGUUAAUGGCAAAAGUAUUUUACAAUUAUGAAGUAGGAAGUAGUGGGGUUCUUAUUCAUAAUAGUGCUGUUUAAAAUACAUAGAACUUUGACAGAUAGACUUUGGCAAAUGGCUUUCUUCUCAAGAUGAUACAUUUUGAAUUAUAGUUUAAUUAAUUUCAGAGAUAUAUCUUCCACAUUUUUUUUUCAUUUUCCCCCCACAUUAUCCUUUUAAAAUGUUAUGUUGAUGCUGGUAUCCUUUCUUCAGUGCUUAAAUGAUUUCUUGUAAACAAGCUUUUGAUUCAAUUGCUGUUAGAAAUGAUUGCUUAGAAAAAGAAUUCUGUAACUUAUUGGUAACCAUCAGUCAAGACUUCAUGGAUAAGCUGCUUGUUAUUAAGUGUAUGGGCAAGUUUCUGUGCUACAGGAGGUAUUCUUGCAAAUAGAUUGUGCAAUAAAUACUGUGUAAUGA